AUGUCGAGCGAAGAAAAAGAGUAUCAGACUCCUUCUCCUCCUUCACUGGACGCUAAGAAAGAGCACUCCCAGAACCCUGAGAGACUUUCAAAUGAUUCGGCGGAACCCCAAAAACACCCUCUUGACCAAGCCGAGCAAGACACAUCCCCGUCCAAACCUCAUGACUUCGGCCCAGCACCUGAUGGCGGUGCGACAGCAUGGCUCGUGGCCCUUGGGGGAGGCUGCCUCUUUUUCUGCUGUCUAGGCUUUUCGAACUCAUUCGGCACAUUCGAGCAGUACUACUUGACACAUCAACUGCGGGGAUACUCUCCAGACACUGUAGCCUGGAUUGGAUCGCUUUCGGCUUUUCUGCAAUUUGCAGCAGGGAUGGUUGGGGGCCCAUUAUUUGAUCGUUUUGGCGCAAAGGUCAUCCGACCAGCCGCGGUCGUCUACGUUUUGGCCAUGAUGAUGCUCAGCCUCUGCAAGACAUACUGGCAGAUCAUGCUCGUGCAGGGCAUCUUGCAGGGCAUCGUCAUGGGUCUCCUACAAUUCCCAGCCUUCGCAGCUGUGUCGCAGUACUUCGACAAGAAACGCGCCGCAGCGCUCGGGGUUGUCGUGUCCGGCUCGUCGAUCGGCGGGAUCGUGAUCCCCAUCGCCCUGUCGAAGAUGCUGAACAAUUCAGCUCUGGGCUUCGGAUGGUCUGUUCGCGUGGUUGGGUUCAUCGUCAUGCCCAUGAUGGCCUUUGCCCUGGUGACUGUCAAAGCACGCCUGCCUUCUCGAGCGACGUCGUUCUGGAUCCCCACGGCGUACAAAGACCCGAGAUAUGUCUUGCUGAUAGUCUCUCUGCUCUUCACGUUCCUGGGAAUGUUCACUCCCUUGUUCUACCUGCCCACCUACGCCGUCACGCGAGGCAUGGACCCCACGCUGGCGGGAUACUUGUUGGCGAUCCUCAAUGCCGCGUCGACUUUUGGACGUAUCAUCCCCGGUGUUCUCGCGGACAAAUAUGGCCGGCUGAAUGUCUUCGCGCUGGGAAGCUUGGGCACGGCCGUUGUCGUAUUCUGUAUGAACCUGGCCAGGACGAAUGCCGUGCUGAUCGUCUACUCGGUCGUCUUUGGCUUUGCGUCUGGAAGCAUCAUCUCAGGCGCCUCUGCUGCGUUCUCGAUCUGCUGCGAGAACCCGGCCGAUAUGGGCACUUACAUGGGCAUGGGCAUGUCUAUCAGUGCGCUGGGGGGUCUGAUAGGGCCUCCGGUGAAUGGCGUCUUCGUCAAUCAGUAUGGAGAGUUCUUCGAAGUCUCUAUGUUCAGCGGCGCUAUGUGUUUGGUCGGUGGUUGUCUGGCGCUUUCGACCAAGCUUGCUACUCCUCAAGGUCUUUUUAGCAGAAUAUAG